AUGGCGGGAUUUGCUGCUGCAGAACCAACGGAUGCCUCGAUUCACCAUGACACCACUACGACCAACAGUGGAUUUCACAACUCUUACGAUAAUACAACGAUAGCACAAGAUAAUCUCCGCUCCCCCUCGAAAACACGCCAUUCCGCCGACUCUCCCCCCCAAACACGGCAUCCACGGCAUAAUCAGGUAAAUGGUACCUCACUGUCUCGGACAUCCUCUGCGGCAGGCUCCGGACGGGGCCAUGUGAACGAUUCCGCCUAUUUGGCCCCCCACUCGGGACGAAAAGAUAGCAGUCUUAGCCGCACCCAUAGCGAAGCAGAUAGCCUGUUAGACCUUUACAGCCGUGAUUCUGGAAACCGCAGUGUCUCGAGUGUUCUCGAUGUGUCUGAGAGAAAGGAGGAUAGGCCGUUCUAUCAAAUCGAAGCAGAAGACCCGGAACAUGCUCAGUGGAUACACCGUGACAAGCUUGCGAAGAUCGAAAGUGAGGAGUUGCAGCAACUCGGUAUUCGCCUGCCUGCGUCAUUUACGGGCAGACGGAAAACCUCACAACCGCCUAACAAUCGUAAAGCUUCCGUCAGCCAGAAGCCCAAAACCCCCAACAGCAACCACACCGGCAGCAGCACCAGUAGUACCCCAAAUGCCCGUCCCGGAACGCGGUCAGGCGAUAAUCGACCCCCGAGCGCCGCAAUUUCCGGCAUCAACAGACCCGACAGUGACCCUCCAUGGCUGGCAACCAUGUAUAAGCCCGACCCGCGCCUACCUCCCGACCAGCAGGUCAUUCCCACACACGCCAAGCGGAUGCAACAAGAGCAGUGGGAGCGUGAGGGUAAAGUCCCCGCCAUCUACGGCCGGGAUUUCUCUCCUCUCACUGUGCAGACGUACGAUAGCAAUGGCUCAGCAGUCAAGCCGUUACCUUCGCCCAAUCAGGAGCCAGAGCAGGAUAGCCAACAGAAACCGCAACUGGAAACCCUUUCCCCUACAGAACCACUGUCUACAAGAGUCAAGAGCCCUGAUCCCGCUACGAAUGCGGUAGGGUAUAAGACUGUCCCCAGCGUGCAGUCCACGUCAGCCCAGGCGAGACUGAACUCGAUCUCUGCUGUUCAACCGAAACCAGUGCACGUAGAGGCGCCACCGGCGAAGGAGAAGGGCUGUGGUUGCUGCAUUGUCAUGUAG